AAAAUGUCAAUAAUAAACAAUAAAUAAUAAUAUUACGAUCGGCGAGUUGUCGUGAAGUGCGGUGCAGUGACAUAUAUGUUGCAGAGUGAAGUCAAUCGUUUUCCAAAUCCGAGCKUCGUCAUCGACACGGUGCUUCACUAUUGACGGGCCACCACCACCAUCACCAGAGUUGUCGCUGUCGUAUUCCGAAUACAAAAAGAACGUACAGAAUUUCAAUACCAUCAUGUUUGCCCUCAGACGUUACAUAACUCCACAGGAAUACAAUUGGAACCAUUUCUCUAUUAACCGAUUCUUAUUCGCAAGUUUACUGUUGACUUCAAGUGUGGAAAUUAUCGCGAACAGUAUACAUUUAACGGAAGAUAGAUCAAGUCAAGAAAACAACUGCAUGAUUUAUAGGUCAUGCACACAAUGUAAUGAUGUAUCUAUUUGCAGUUGGCUGGUCGAAAAACAAAUAUGUAUUUACUCAAAUCAAAGUCUAUCAGGGGAGUCCAUAGUUGAUACAAAACAAUCAUGCCCAGAGUUUGCUGUGGCAUAUAAUCGUUCUUUGGUACAAGUUACAGUCUCGAAUAUCGUAGUAAAAAGUGUAAAAAAUUUUUUUUAUGAAAGUGCGAAUAUCUGUUGUGAAAUAGAAAAUGCAACGUAUAACGCCUCAGUCAAUAAUGGAGUGAUUAUUUGUAAACAGGUGGACAACAAAAUUAUAUUUCCCGAAAAACAAAAUAUAAAUGGAACCAAUCCUUUAUUUAUUUCUUAUUUUUCAAUCAUUGUCAAUAAUGUACGGUUGCAAUUCAACGAUCCUCGAGACCAUUACAUCAGUUAUCACGGUUGGACCUGCCCGAACGAAAAUUGUACAACCCGUUUUUGGGAAAGCGAUUCGAGAAAAUAUUACUGCAAAUGGUGUUUAAAAAACGAUGAUUGCAAAAUAACAGGUGAACAACUGAACAGUUGCGACAUACGGAACAAGAUUAACAACGAUAAAUGGAAGGACCCCGAGCCGCCAUCGAUGGUAGGAGUUAGAAGUYCUGACGUGGUGAUCGAGUCUUUCAAACCAGAAGAAAUUCUUUUUAGUCGCGAAAUGCCGACGGUCAUCGCCAUAACGGUCAAGAACCUGCACUGGAUUUUGGCCAAUGGCCAUUUGAUGAAAGUGACCGUAGCCGGAAAGAGUUGUGACAAUCUUGCCACGUUCGAUGGCCAGACGGUUAAUUGCAACAUUCGUACAAAUAGAGUGGUGAACGAGGGUCCGGUGGUUAUUGAGUACGAGUGGAUGAAGAGUGUGGAAAGGCUGGAGUCGGCGCGAAAAUUCAGGUUCGUCGAACCGAGCUUUAUGAGCGUUAGCCCGACGUGCUUGCCAGCUUCGGGUGGAGGUCGGAUAGAACUGUUCGGCCAGUAUCUGAAUACAACGACCGACUUGCAGGUGUUCUUUAAUAAUAUGAAGGAGAAAGCGAUAUGCGAUAUCGUUGAGCUCGCGCACGACCGCAUCAGCUGCGUGACGACCGCCAAAACUGAAGGAUCCAUAUCAGGAAAGUUGCAAAUCUCGUUCGAAAGUUGGUUUGGUAAGUUCUACAAAGAUAGUAAAAAAGUCACAUUCGUCUCCGAUCCAACCGUCCUAGAUGGUCAAAUCUUCGAAGGCGUCACAUCUGGCGAUAUCCCGUUGACCGUCCAGGGUAGUUUUCAGUGCACGAAUAACCAUCAGAUGUACAUAGACUACAACGAGACAAGGUACUAUGGCCACUGUGCGCUGCGUAACACUAGCCUGAUGGUCUGUUGGCCUCCGAAACUUGACGAUCCGGUUCAGAUGACGAGUCUUCCACUCGGGUUUCGUGUAGAUUUGGCUGGUAAAGUCGUGUACUUGCCACAACAGUCGGAAUUGUACCGUUACUUGCUCUAUCCCGACCCGGUUUACACAGACUUCGAAGUGUACGAUCGAACCGUCGUCCGAGUAGACGGCGUGUUUCCGGACCUGUUGCAGCAUCACCGAGUUGAUAGAAGCUACAUGCUCGAAGUCAAAUUCUAUGACGAUGAGAUGGAAGAUGACGAGAGGUUCAUUGUGACCAACGUCACCGAGAAUUCCAUCGAAUGCCAGUCGCCGUCUGACAAGUCAGUUGCUGAUGUUCUAGAAAUCGCGAUAACAAUCGGCAAAAGGMGGACUGUAAUUCACAGGAGACACAAACAGUAUUAUGCGAUCGUUCGGUUACUGAGUCCACAAUACGUCAUCUGUGGUAUUUCGUCCCUAUUAAUAUGCGUAUUUGCACUGAUUUUCUGCAUAAAGAAAAUAAUUAACAAUUCCAAACGACAAAUGGAUAAGCGAUAUAUAGGAGAACUUCGAAACAUCACCGCUGGAAUAGAUGACUCCGCUGAUUAUUUAUUGAACUCGAGCACCGGCAAGAAGCCAAAGACCUGUAGGCAUUGAUUAUGUCAAAUUGGACGAAUUUAUUAAAUUUAUUUUAUUACUCGCAUACAUAAUGUGCACGUUAUAAUAUUAUUAUGUGAAUUGUUUUGAGCUUUUAAUUGAUGUUAUCAUGAGUUAAUAAAGCAGGAUUUAUAUUUUUUAAUUUUUAUGAUUUUAAGUCAUACAUGUUAGCUAUUUGAAAUGUAUCUUAUAUGUUACCAUGUACUAACUCUGCGUCCCCGUAUGCUCUCAAUGUAUUUUUAUGCUUCCAUAGAUAUACUUUUUGUCUUUUUAUAAACUUUUAACUUUCAAAAUACUAUUUUUUUAUUCACUAUUUUUAGUAUUAAUUGAUGCGCAACAUUGCAACACAACUAAUUUUGUCGUUAAGCUAUUGUUUUUUUAAAUAGGUAAUGUUAUUUUGCGUUUAACAUAUUAACCAAAGAUAAAGUUGGUUCCAUCAUAUGGUUAUAUGUUAGCAGACUCGGCMGCCAYGUUUAAACUUCAAAUCCAGAUAAUUCAGAAAAUCAAAAAAUAUUCACUAUUUGUUAUUAUAAUUAAAUAAGCAUCUWAUCUAUUUUAGAACA